CAGGCAGCGUCCCUCGCAGCGACGUUGGCUGAGACAAGUUUGACCUGCAGCGAGGACACCAGGAUUUCUCAGUUUCUCCAAAUCCAAGCCCGAGCCCGAGCCCGAGCUCCGACCAGUCCUGACACUGCUUCCUGCCGCCACCUGCCUCCUCCUCCGGCUCCCGCUGUCUCCCCCGCGCCGGCGCCCUGGGUGGCCACGGUCCCUCCAGCCUCCGCCCCUCGCCGCCGUCUCCAGGGCGCGGGACGCCACGCGGGCAGCUGGCCCGGGACGCAGGGAGAGUGAGAGCGACUUGGGCUGCCAUGACGAAAUACCAUAGACCGGGUGGUUUAAACCACAGAAUUUUCUUACAGUUCUGGAGGCUGGAAGUCUGAGAUCAAGCUGCCAUUGAGGGCAAGUUACUGUUUUCACAAUCCAAGUGAAAUCUAACACUAUAAAACAAUGCCAAGAGCAAAUGAAGGAAAAUAAAAAUCUAAAGGGGCACCUCUGCCCAUCGUUUUGAUUCUUCAAAAGUUUCUGAAAACAUAUGAGAAACACUGUGCGCAGUCUCAGACGUCCGUGUGUCCAGCCAUCAAAAGUGACCUGAAAAGCAGCAUUGACAGUGAUCAGGUGCUCAGGAAGCUUAUGCUUGUGAGACCUGAUGACUCCCCACCAAGAAUCCUACCAGUUUCCUUGGAACCUUUGCUCAUGACCAUUCAAGAUGAGUAUUACACACUGGCAAAAGAGAUCUGCAUCUGGGGCCUUCAACUGAGCAACCCAGAGAUUGCCAGACUUGCUUUGCUUCUGGAAUUGAAGGGGCACACCACCUGCCCGUUUACCACCCUAGAAAUCAUUGAUUGCAAGAUGGAUCUGUGGUCUCUAGAGCGAUUUGGGAAGGCUCUGCGGUUCAGUAGUUUGCAUUCUCUUGUCCUUGAUUACUGCAAAUUUGGAAAUGAAGAACUUGAGAGCAUUUUCUCUGGCCUGGAGAACAACCAAAGGCUUCAAGGCCUCAGUCUGCGUUACUGUGGUCUGGGACCUCAGAGCGGGCUAAGGCUGGGUUCGGUCAUCAGCCAGAGUGCCAUUUGCGAGCUGUUCCUUGAUGGCAAUUACUUGGAAUGUUCCGGAGCACUGGCUCUUCUCAGGCCCAUAGCAGGCUUUGCAGAGACACAGGGGAACGACCAGCCAGCCCCAGGCUCACCAGACGCUGGAAAUCCCCCUCAGCAGCUCCAAGCCAAACAGAGAGGAAGUUCAACUAUGAACCAGAUUACAAAAUCGUCUGAAGCUGUAACAGUGAAAACUACUUCAGGGAAGAAAAAGAGAAAAAAAGGAAUCAAGAAGAAAAUUGAAGGUCUGAUGGAAACUGGUCCUUGGUUAGUGAAGUUGCAUUUGGCAGACAAUGGCAUAGAUGGAAAAGGAAAAGAAGGAGAAAAUGGUUUAUUGGAAUUCAUUCAAACUUUAACAUGCCUGAUCAAAUACUCUGCCCACUUAAAGGAAAUUGACCUUGGAAACAAUGUUCUGGGAGAAAUGGCUGCUGCUAACAUACUUGAAGCGCUGAGAGCCAGAAAGACAGGUAAAUUACUGAUCUUAAAAAUUACAGUCACUCCCCAGAUCUCUUCAGAUACCUUCAGAUCAAUUUGGAAAAAUAGCAAGAAGUCUAAUACUAUCCGUAAAAAGAAGAAAAAGACUAAAAACUGAAUAUGGGUGCUGUAUUUCCAUAUGGAUGUCAUCUAUUUCCAUGGCCAAGCAGACAUGCCUAGAUAGAUAUUGCUUAUUCUAUAGUAAUAUUUUUCACUGUAACCAAGUCCCUUUGAAGUUCUCAAAUUUGAUGAUUAUUGUAUGAAAGUUUAAAGUCAUGUGAUAAUCCUGUCUUGUGAUGAUCCCAUCACACUUGUCAUUUUCUAAAAUGUGGGUUUCACAAGUAGGCCUUAGUAAAAAAACACUCAAUUCUCUGAGGCUUCAUCUCUCCUGCAUAUGAAAUUUAUAAGUUGAAGUAAGUCAUACCUUUAUCUAAGAAAGAAAGAAUCCUCUUUCAUAAAUAUACCUGUAGUUGGGAACAAUAAGAAUGGUUGGAAAUAAUAACCACUUCCUAAAAGACACCAUCCCUAAAAAUGAGGAUCCUCCCUAAAUGAGGAAACUUUUUUUUUUUAAGACAGGGUCUUGCUCUGU